GAGCCCCACUCAGACCACACAGACACACGCUGCUUCGCGAGACGGGAAGAACCACUCACACCCACACCCACUCACCCACACUCACUCACUCACUCACUCACUCACUCACUCGCACACACACACACACACACACACACACUCAGUGUAGAAUCGGCUAAACUGGACCCCAUUCACCACCAACCAUGAGGAUCAGGAUUCCAACGCGUCUGAGGUCCCCCGACCGGCUGACCUCCGUCCUGCUGCUGGAGCUGAUGGUCUCCUGGGCGCGGGCCGGAGCCCCGCCCCCGGUGGUGGUGUGUGCGGUGGGGGGGCGGGCCCUGCUCCCCUGCAGCUGGGAGGAGGGCGGGGCCCACGUGGAGUGGCGGAGCCGCGCGCCGCUGGAGACGGUCUACGAGAGGUGGGGCGAGCAGACGUGGGCGGCGCCCGGGUUCCAGGGGCGGCUGGCCAUGGAACCCGGGGCGCUGGCGGCGGGGGACUGCUCCCUGGAGCUGCUGGACGCCCAGCUGCUGGACGGCGGCGAGUACGACUCCUACGGGCUGCAGGGCGGCGGGCGGCUGGUCCGCCGCGUCCCGCUGCACAGCGUGCGCCUCAGCGUGCACGACCAUAAGCUCCAGAGGUCGGUGAGCGUUGGAGAGGACCUGACCCUGGAGCUCAUCACCCCCCAGGCCCAGAGGGUGGUGUUCCAGGAGAGGAACGGCUCCAGCUGGGGUCUGCUGUGGCAGAGAGGGGGGGCGGAGUCCCCCCGGCUGAGGAGGGUCCCGGGCCGGGAGGAGCUGGUGCUGACCCACCCCACCCCCGAGGACCAGGGCUUCUACAAGGUCCUGGACGGGCACGGGCUGGCCGUCAGCACCCUGCUGCUCAGCGUACGAGAGUCCCUCCCGGUACCAGAGCCCCACCAGGACUACAGGGAACACAACUCUCCUGUCGGCAGCACAGCUGUCGGGCCUCGCCCGCCCGGCUGUAUCCCUCUCUCUCUGCUCCUGUGGACGUGUGCGUUGGCCUCCGGGCUGACUCGGUCCUGAGAUGGACUGCUGUGUAGUUUGAACCAUAGAUUCAUUAUAUAGAACACGGUCUCCUCCGCGCUGCUGGCCAAUGGAGCCGAACGUCACCACUGGCGGCCAUCUUGCCACAGUCAGCUGCUCGCCCAUAACGUUGUUGAUAGGGGUACAUUUUAAAAUGAGCAUAACUUGUUACAUUUUCAACCGAUUUCCAAACGGUUUGGUUUGUUAUAAACGUCAGAGAUGUAGUUAUUACAAUGCAUACUCAUGAACGAUUAUGUUAGGUUCCAAAAUGAUAGAAUGUUCUAAAAUAGGUAAAAGAUUAUAACCACGUUAAUAACGUUUGUAACAAACCAAACCGUUUGUAAAUCCGUCAAGAUUUCAGCGAGAUGAGAGUUAAUAGCGUUUGUGCAGAUCACUGACUGACCAGAUUCCACCAGAAAGCGUGCCUGUGGUAAGAUUGCCACCUGUGAUGACGUUCUAGACGCCGGCGUAAGACAUCUACUGUUCUGUAUGUAUCUAUGGUUUGAACCCUGUGUGUAGCCGUCUACUGACCAUGGCCGUGUGACUAGGUUGUGUUGUAGUUUCACUGGAUAUUCUUAACAAUGUUGAUGUAAAGUCUUUGUAGAACAGCUGAAGGGGUUCAGCCUCACUAAGCUGUUGUUACUGUCUCAAUAAAUGUCAAAUUAAUACAUUUUCCUCAUUAUGAGUGUUCUCCCCAAAACAAACAGAAUUGAAUGUCUAUAAAAAGCACUUUAUACAGUAAAUGCACUUUACUAUCAUUAUCCUCACUAUUAUCAUUAUUAAGAUGAAUAAAUAUAGAAUGAAUCAUUA